AUGGGAUUCACUCCUCAAACACUUGUCGAUAAGUCAGUUGGUGAUCGCACUGGUAACUGUAUCAAGGAGAUACUAGAUUACUUCACUAAAAAGGACCGUAACUACGCCACUCUCUACAACAUAAUCAUAUGUCUAAUAUGCACCGGGUUACGUACCCCCCGUACAGUCGGCGAUCUCUUCUCUUUCUUCCUAAAGCUUGGUGAGAAUAUGAAUAAUGGUGGUUCCCCUAAGGUCGCUACUGCCAUCGAUACCGAAUCUAAGAAUAUACCAUGGAAUUCCUAUGGUUCGAAAGACAUGACUGACGCAGCCAACAAUCUAGCUGGUAAAAAACACAACGGUAACCACACCUCCGAUCCCUCCCUCUACACCCUCUACGACAGUGAUUGCGGUAAUGGCAACACCUGCGGCUCCUAUCUCGACCCCCUGUCAUUCGUUAUCUAUCGUAAUAUCUCUGACAUUUUCGCUAUGUCCUAUCUAUCACGUAUUGUGUAUCUCACGGAUGUCCUCAAAGAAGGUCUUAAAGUGUUACUUACAGAGUUCAACAACCUCACGUGCGAACAUUGUACGAAAUGUGUCAGCAAACCAAAACACAAAGAAGGUGAACAUGGCAACCAAUGUAAAUGUGAAACCAUCGUCCAAUGCGCUGACGUCCUACCCCUUUUCUUCAAAUUCGGCUUCGUAUACUACAGUCACCAUGCAUUGAAUGGAAAAUACAAUAACAAACCCGAGUGGCUCCGCAAAUGCUCCGCAUUCUACACGCAACUCAACGCAGUCAUCGCCGACGGUGGCCUCUUCAAAAAGCUUCUUCAAUGCAUCAAUGACUUUCUCUACUGCAUCCGCAAACCCUUCCUCCUGUACCUCCUAACAUUCUGGCUCAUCGUCAUCACCUACCUAACAUACUCUCUCACAAUACCACUCGACGUUCUACACCUACGUUCACACCUACGCACUGCCGUGCUAUCACCACUAGUACUACUCACCAACUACACACAACCACAUGACAUCACCUACUCACUCCACUACUACCAUCCAUCAUAUAACUACAACCUCCUCAAUGAUAUCAACCUCUUGGUCACCGUCUGGCUACUCGCCAUCAUCUACCUCCUCUACUGA